UGUCAGAAAUAUAUAGGAUCUAGUGUACCUCAUCGCCUGCAGAAGAUAAAAAUUUUCUCAGAAGCUUUGAUAUUUUUUAAACAAUGUUCGUCAAAUCUUUCGGUGUGGUGCUACUGCUGGUGCACUUCAUUAGUUGUGGAUCUACCUACUCAUCCUCUACCCUUUCCUCCAAAAUCCCCCACCACUAUCCUCCUUGCCAGACACCCAACGGCAAACACGGCCUGUGUAAACCACUGAAAAACUGCCAGUCUCUCAAGGCCCUAGUCGACGAUCCUAACCCACACAAGGCCCGCUUUCUGUGGCACUCCCAUUGCGGAUUUCAAGACGAAGAAAUCAAAGUUUGCUGCCCGGUUUUCUCCAGGGAGGAGAUUCCAGACGACUCGUCAACCUUUGUUAAACCCGGUUUGUUCGCCACAGCAGACCAGUGUACGUCUCCUUAUUACCCGAAAAUGAUAAUCUUCGGGGGUGAGAAGGUCAAAUUGGGGGAAUUCCCGUGGAUGGUAGCACUAGAGUACAAGAAAUAUGACAAGAAAUCAAAGAAAAUAAUUCCGAAUGUCAAAUGCGGCGGCGUUCUCAUCAGUAAGAGAUAUGUUCUAACAGCAGCUCACUGUAUGAACCCGAAAUUAGUGCGCGUUCGACUGGGUGAAAACAACCUGAAAACUGACCCAGAUUGCGACAGAUCUGGUACGUGUACCCCAAAAUACAUCGGUGUGCCCAUAGAAAAACAGAUAAUCUUCAAAACGUACCAAAGAUUACCCGAAAAGUACCACGACAUAGCGCUCCUACGGUUACAACACGAAGUUACUUAUUCAGAUUUCGUCAAACCCAUCUGUCUUCCAACAACUGUGGGCGAGUUGUAUCACUCUUUUAUUGGCGAAAAAUCCAUUGUGGCGGGUUGGGGCUUGACUGAAAAAGAUGACUACAGUGAUUUUCUACUUAAAGUCGAAGUUCCCAUCGUGAACUUGACUGUUUGUUCUUAUGGUAGUGAUGAGGGCGUUUUGUGUGCUGGAGGUGCAGUAGGAAUAGGCUCGUGUUUGGGGGACAGCGGCGGACCUUUGAUGGUUUCACGAAGGGGAGGUUGGUACGUCGUUGGUAUAGUGUCUGGUGGGUCGGAUCCGUGUGCACUAGCUUACGAGCCGGGGACUUACACCCGGGUUUCGAAGUAUAUGACUUGGAUUGAACACAACAUGGAACCUUGA